GGACUCUAUUAUGAACCUCCUAAAGCUUUUGGAGGCGGCGGUGUCGGUAGUAUAGGCAUUGGCGGUCAGUCUUGUAUUUGGUGGCGGAGACUGGAAUGUCCAGGAAAAGGUGCAAGAUGCAACUCUGACACAAUCUGUCCUGGACAAAGCAUAUGCUGCCUGCAUUCUUGUGACAUUGCCUACUGUACAACACCUCCACCCAGACACAAAGGUAAUUGUAAAAUGGUCCAGUGUACUAUUCUUUGCUUUGUUAUUCACGACACUGAGAUGAGGUAAUACGAGCUCAGUUCCGCCUUAGACAAACCCAAACCAGGCUCAGUAGAUUAUGAAAAUGUAUACCCAGCUUUCUCUUUGGGAGGUUGGCCGUUGUGCCAAACACUCAAUGCCACGGUCUUGAGUAGAUUGUAAAAGGACAGUGAUUCACGGUUCAACGUUAGGCUACGCUAAUUUGAGCCUCUUUGUGGGUACCUGUAAACGUCACUUUCGUCGCGCGCUUUUUAUCAAAUCGUUGGUUUUUUAACGUAAUCGCCAAUUGCGUGCCCGAGCAACCACGACGUUGAGGAAGGAGACGAGAAAAUAAGAAAUUCAACAGGUUUAUUAAACAAACAACAACAACAAGAACAACAACAACAACAAAAAUGCUGAAGGUGCAGCACACUUUUUGAGAGAUUCCUUUUCUAUCAUCGCGCCACUAAGGUUGUCAAAUCGGAAUUGCAGUGGGCGAAUCGUCGCUAUAAUCUAUAAGGAAAAUCUUCGUUUCGUCAAUAUCGAUCUCCACGACCGCGAUUUUGUCGGAAAUACCCAUAGAGAGGCUCUAAUUUUAAUACAGCUCGUGACUAACAGAUGUUGAACACUGUAUUCAGUGUAUUUUUUUAACGCUUUCCAUUCAACUAGCAAUGGAAACGUCUCCCGAUAGUUGCAAUUUCAAACCCUUGGCGUAGUACUCCCUAAAGGCCUUGCUUUCUUAAAGGCUGCAAUAUAAGCCGCCUUCUCUAUGCCUAAUUUAUUUCUUUACUUUGUUUGUCCGCAGACCCUUGCCAAAGUGCAAAAUGUGCUCAUGGAGAGGUUUGUGUUGUUGAUGGCAACAGGGCCAGAUGCUUAUGCCCUCCACGGUGCGUCGAUAAAAGUGUCAAACGUGUAUGCGGAACUGAUGGUAUAACUUAUAAGAAUCUUUGCGAGUUGAUGAGAACAGCUUGCAUUAUUGGGGAUACAAAACUGACCAAGAAACAAGAUGGCCGAUGUGGCUCUAAGCCUCCCACGCAAUCUCCUCAAUCAACUCCUUCAGCGUCUCAACCCCCUCCCACCACAGGUAAUCUUUGACUGUCAUUUUUGGUCGCGCGUGAGACUGUGUCGAUGUUGUGUAGAGCUGCAUUAUGGGUCUGUUUUGGGGACGCUACAGCUGUGCGAGGAUGCGCUUGAAACUGGGUCAAAAUUCGUUGAAGAAAACAGCCCCAUGUAGUACAAAAUGACGCAAUGCCGACCCGGUCCCUUGUACACAUUUAAUAUGGUCAAUUACUCCGUCUCCCCUUGUUGUGGAUUGCGCAAAUAUAUUGAAGAUAUUUCUUUUAUGAUUUAUUUUUGUGGCCCUGGUACGUAGAAUUGUAUGCCGUAUUGCUAUAGCAGCUAAAGGUUGACCAAAAAAUCUUUACGAAAAGGCCUUUAAGAACCAGGCCGGACUAGUGAAGUGCUCCCAAAUGCUUAGUAAGAACGUGUACCCCGGCAUUUGUUCUCCGUAGCCUGGGUGUCAGACGUCGAAAGAGUAGGGCACUCCUACCCCUCCCCUUUUUGAGCUUGCCAAGUAGGCUAACUCAGCAGUAAAUUGAACAUGGCCCCAUCGCCCAGAGGUCUCGUACUCAACUAAUUAAGCAAACUUGUCGGCAGUUAGCCGAUAGAACAGUAUCAAACAAAUACUCUGCUAUGUCGCCCCUUUUGUCCUUCAAAUCGCAGUAACAUCACAACCGAUUUUCAAAACUAUUGUCGCUUAAGAUAGUGUAAACGAAACUUUCAGUUUCAGUUCCUCCACCGCAGUCGACGUUGAAGGUGAGCCCACAACACCGAGCCAAUCAGGAACUCAUCGAAGGAAAAAGCGGCUCAAUUUCAUGUCAAUUUGAUGGAAAUGUGCUGUUUUAUCUUUGGACGCUGCCUAAUGCAAAUCCACUACCAUCCCGUAUGCGCGAAGCCGGAAACGUCCUACAGAUUGACCGUGUAUUCAUAGAGGAUAGUGGAGUAUACUCGUGUAUGGCAACAGGUGGAACUGGUGGCAGCGAAGUCGUUCGAGCCCAAGUUACUGUAACCGUCAAACCACAACGUGAGUAAUGCACUAGUAACUAGAGUACAUCAAUCUCGAUCCGACACCUCUAGUUUAAGCUAAGUAAUGCAAGCGGUUAAAGCAAUCUAAGUGUUCACUCUUAAUAUCGGCAGGUUCGUCCUUUCCUAACCACGAGUACUCUUCCUAGGAUCAGUUGACAGGACUCGAUGAAUGAGCUUUAAAACGGCGACGCCUGCGUUAUGUAAUAGUUUGGUUCUAUUUGAAACUCAUUUUCGUACAUUAUACCUACCUUAAAAGGACAGAAGAAAAAUAGCACCUAGGGUAGAUUCGAACUGCAAAGAAACAGCCAUCAUAGAUCGUGAUAUUUAAAGGUAAAGGAACAAAAGGUAGAAUUAGAACCAAGGGUAAAAUAAACCACAACAAGGACAGGAAACAUUCGCAUUAAAAAAUUUUGAAGUUCACAGGGUUACUUAAUUUAAAUUCUGCCCGUUGGAACCCUGGUGGAUCGUUUGAGCGUAAACCCACAUUUCCACAUAUGCCAUUCCAGGGACAAACCUUUGUGAUGAGCCCCUGUCAGCCGGAAAUUGUACAAAUUACAAGGUUCGGUGGUAUUUCAACAAGAACAACGGAGAGUGUGUUCCAUUUUUGUACACUGGAUGUGAAGGAAAUUCAAACAACUUUUUCAGUAAGGACAAAUGUGAAUCAAUGUGCAAGAGACAAGGUAAGAUUUGUGUGACAGUAUACCUCCAACUUAUCCUUAUCUCCAAUAAAGCGUUUUCACUCACGUGGCCGGCAAAUUUAUGCUAAUCUAUGGAAAUUUAUCGGAACAAACGAAUUGUUUAGAAAAGAGUUCAACUCCUACAGGAUUGGUUUGGAACACCAACAUGGCCGCUGUUUGUUUUUUUGGAACAUCAAUAUAGCCACCGUGACGUCAUUUCCAUUCCCCAGAUUGUCCAUCUAAAAAACUUUCUGAAAAGAAAAACGCGCAGUAUAUUUAAAUUUGAAUGUACACUUCUUCCUCUUUUUUCUACACGACAGCAUUUUCUAUCAGUAAAAAAGGUUACUCUCAAAAAAUGGGUCAAUAUGAUGUUUAAGUACUUGAGGAUAUACAGUAAUAAGUGAGAACGCAUGGGCUGAGACCUAUAAGGCUGAAAGAAAGUGUUUAAAAUGCUGAAAGUGUGCUGCACUUUUAAAAUUGUAUUUUUUGACGUUUUCAAUGCGGUUGCCGUCGUCUUUUCCGUAAGUAUAUCUCAAUAUGUAUGAAUAUGUCUGUUUUUAUUCUGAUAGAUGUUCCAGACAACAGGGUGUGUCCUGCUACAAAGUCCUCAUCCACAUGUGCACAUCACAGCUCCAGUUCCGGUUGUUCGUCAAAUGAUGAUUGUGUGGACGGAAAAAAGUGCUGCACAGUGGAGUGCUGUUCCGGAAGCUGUAGGAAAGAGUGCAUCAAACCUGUUUUACCCGGUGAGAUUUUCACACAAGUUGCAGUUUCCCGAGGUGUUGCAAACAGAACAUUACGGAGGGUAGUCACUGGUGUUUUCGUUAAGACUUUUUUCCGCUCAGUCCCACACAUUCAUUUUGCACACAUGUUUUGACUCUUUUCGUAUUAACUACCGUAUUUCUGUGACACGACGGUGAAUGGCUGCGGCCGCACUUAGCAAGCACAAUGCCCAGCCUACAAUGAUCUACAAUGGUUUUCCCAACAUCAAGGAGCACCGCGUUUUCUUUAAACUGGCCUAUGACUCAGGGCAAAUCGAAGGGGACUAACAUCAAAUUGUUGUUGCUCGUAAUAUCGGCAGUCGGAACUGUUCAUAAAUAGGAUGGCUUAAUUGAGUGCAAUUUCACAAUUGGUUUCGGUCCCAUUAAAUCCUUAUACCCAUUUUUGUCGGAACCUUUUAGAGCAGCUACCCACAUUGUGAUCAGUUUAAUAUUGACAGAGCAAAUUAGUUAGGAACACAACCCUGUGCCCUGUUACAAUAGACGCCCCUAGCUUUUCAGCCGAGUUGAUAUAUAAUUAGCGAGUACAAGUAAAGCUAGCCCAGGCAGAAUAUAACCUUGGAAUAAUGAUGUUUAAUUUUGCAUGUGCCCUCUUCAUAUCAGACAAAAUGGGUGUUUGUCCCGCUCCAGUUGAAGAUAGAUCAGACUGCAGUACAGAAUGCUCCGUGGACCAUGAUUGUGAUGGAGAGUUAAAGUGUUGCCAGCAGCCAUGUGGACGAAUAUGUGUGGAACCAGAUAUGAAAGGUAAGUCAGUUAAUUUUUGCAUCUCUAAUCAAAAAGACUGAAAAAGGCGACCUAGAAAAAAAGAAUAAAACAUCUGUUCUGGCUAUGCGGGCGGGCGAUUGAAAGUUACGUCAAGAGAAGUAGAAGAAGUAGAAGCUAUGGAAGAAGUCAAUAACUAGUUACUACUAUGUUGCCUUACCUGAACUUACUUAAAGUCUGCUUACAAGUUACCUUCUUGCUCAAGUACCCAGCAGUUUGUCUGUCAGGCCAUAUGAUUGCUAUUAAUUUUGUCGAGAGAAAAUGCAGUAAUUUGGAGAGGAAUAGUCAAUUUCUUCUUCUUCAGAUUCACUCCAGAAUCUUUGAUGACAAGGUCACAAGGUCUUCAAAAAGAGAAAACGUCUGACCAUUGCAUGGAGGAAAUCAAAUUCCUCAUGCACUACAUCAGGUUUCAAAAUGUCUGUAGAGAAACUGUCUCCAACUUUAGGCUUUGUUCACUCACUAUACCUGAUAGCUUUUGCGCCGGUACGACAACCGGAUACUGGACAGGGCUUCUGUUCACACAUAUGAACGAUGAUUUAGGCGCGAUUUCUGUAACGCGGCAAAGCUGCGUCGCGUUGGUCUCUUAAGUGGAGGGUGACAUAUCGGACAGGUGUUCAUACUAUAGAGGAUUGCUUUUCGUGUUGGCACGAAAAACUAUUCGGUAUAGUGUAAACAUGGGCUCACUGAAACACACUUUUGUCAAGUCUUUUGGUAACAUUUACCUGAUUGGCGCACUCAAGUAAAUACGUCAUUGAAAUAUUUCCAAUGUUCCAUUGUAAGCAUCUCAUUUAUCUCUCUUUUCAGCAGAAUUUUAUUUUUAUAUCUUUUCCAUUCGCAGGAGAAGCAUGCAAAGCUGUGGUAGAUGUAGCAUUUUUGCUUGAUUCAUCGGGGAGCAUCAGUCGGAGAAACUGGAAGUUGUUGCUUGACUUUCUCAGGGAUUCAAUUGAAGCAUUCGACGUCACAGCCAGUGGAUCUCACGUCGCCUCCAUUUCAUAUUCAUCUCGUGCAGUGGUGAAUUUCAGAUUCAACACUUUAACAGGAGACAAACUUACUUCAGCAGAACUUAUUAAGGAGGUGGACAAAAUAAAACACCAAAGGGGAUACACAUACAUCGACAGAGCACUAUUGCUUGCAGACAGGGAAAUAUUUACCGAAAGGGGUGGAAUGAGGCAGGCAGUACGCAAGGUAUUGUCGAGUUAUGAUUAUUGA